GCCCAGCCGCGUCGCCGCACCUCGUUGCCGCCGGGAGGUGCGGGGCGGACAGCGAUCGCGGGCGCCAUGAGUCAGAGGCAGGUGCUGCAAGUGUUCGAGCAGUACCAAAAGGCUCGCACCCAGUUCGUGCAGAUGGUGGCGGAGCUGGCGACCAGACCCCAAAACAUCGAGACACUGCAGAACGCGGGUGUGAUGUCUUUAUUGAGACCUCUUCUUCUGGAUGUGGUUCCUACAAUUCAACAGACUGCAGCUUUGGCUCUCGGGAGACUGGCCAAUUAUAACGAUGAUUUAGCAGAAGCAGUUGUAAAGGGAGACAUUCUUCCGCAGCUUGUCUAUUCAUUGGCAGAACAGAACCGUUUCUACAAGAAAGCAGCGGCCUUUGUGCUGCGAGCAGUCGGCAAGCACUCGCCUCAGCUGGCGCAGGCCAUUGUGGACUGCGGAGCGCUGGACACGCUGGUGAUCUGCCUGGAAGAUUUCGACCCUGGAGUCAAAGAGGCUGCAGCCUGGGCCCUGGGAUACAUUGCAAGACAUAAUGCAGAACUGUCACAAGCUGUGGUGGACGCAGGAGCUGUUCCUCUUUUAGUACUCUGUAUCCAGGAGCCAGAAAUUGCUUUGAAAAGGAUUGCUGCUUCGGCCCUCAGUGAUAUUUCAAAGCAUUCUCCAGAGUUAGCACAGACAGUAGUGGAUGCAGGAGCUGUGGCCCACUUAGCCCAGAUGAUCCUCAACCCUGACGCUAAGUUGAAGCGUCAGGUCCUUUCAGCUCUCAGUCAGAUCGCAAAACAUUCUGUGGAUCUGGCAGAAAUGGUUGUCGAAGCAGAGAUUUUCCCAGUUGUACUCACCUGUCUGAAGGACAAAGAUGAAUAUGUGAAGAAAAAUGCUUCUACUUUAAUUAGAGAAAUUGCAAAGCAUACACCUGAGCUUUCGCAGCUGAUCGUUAAUGCAGGAGGCGUUGCUGCUGUGAUCGAUUGUAUUGGGUCCUGCAAGGGGAACAUCCGGCUGCCCGGCAUCAUGAUGCUCGGCUAUGUGGCCGCUCAUUCUGAGAACCUGGCAAUGGCAGUGAUCAUUUCCAAGGGUGUACCCCAGUUGUCAAUCUGCCUGUCAGAAGAACCGGAAGAUCAUAUUAAGGCUGCUGCAGCGUGGGCCUUAGGACAGAUUGGGAGACACACUCCCGAACAUGCACGGGCUGUUGCUGUCACAAACACUUUGCCAGUUCUCCUUUCCUUGUACAUGUCAUCAGAGAGCUCUGAGGAUCUGCAAGUGAAAAGUAAAAAAGCCAUCAAGAAUAUCCUGCAGAAGUGCACCUACCUACCAGCCCUCGAGCCGUUCCUGUAUGACGCUCCACCCAACAUUCUGAAGCAUGUAGUUGGGCAGUUCAGUAAGGUGCUUCCACAUGAUAGCAAAGCUCGGCGACUUUUUGUGACAAGUGGUGGACUUAAGAAGGUUCAAGAGAUAAAAGCAGAACCAGGUUCUAUCCUUCAGGAAUACAUCAACAGUAUUAACAAUUGCUACCCAGAGGAAAUAGUAAGGUACUAUUCCCCUGGAUAUUCAGAUACACUUCUGCAGAGGGUGGACAGCUAUCAACCAAUUAUUAAUUAAACAAAGUUGUAUUUUUAUACUUAUAUUUACCACAGAGAAUGAAUAACAAUCGUUAAAGUUUGAAGUAUCUGAAUUAAGUACAUACCAGUUUCAUUCAACAUGAAAUACCUUUAGAUAAUAUUUGAAGUUUUUGUGAUGCUUUAGAAAUUAGUAACUUGAAUACAUAAGGAACCAUUGAGAAUCAUUUGCAUGUAUAGGGUUUGCUCUAAAGAUAGAUUUAAAGACACUAAUGGGGUUUAAGGUACAUGUUAUUUUCUACUAAGACCACAAUCAAAUACACAAUACACCCCUCCCCUUCAAUAGGUAAAUGAUGGUGUUUAGAAACCCUUAUUUUGGCCAAUUAGGAAAUAUGCAUAGGCCUUAGCUAUUACACAGCAGGAUGUAGAAGAGGAAGAGAUGAAAGAGGAAAGUGAUGACAUAAAUUCAGUGUUCUAGAAAGAGCUCUUAAGGCUGAUCACAUACACACAUUAAGAAACACAGAGCCUGGGGAUAACUUGUCACAUUUUCCUAACUUAGGAAGGUUCUCUUCACCACCAGAUUUUUGAGACUUUCUUUCUUCUCACCCUACCUGAUCUUUCUUGGCUGGAAGAUGUCACAGUUCAGUAUUGAACACUGUACCUUGCAACACUGUCCUGCAUUUUCAUGGAAAGGUCUCUUGUCUAAGGAAGCAGGCAUGUUAAGCGAGUCCUCAGUAUUCCUUUGACCAAACUUUACCUUCCCCAAACUUCAAAAGUCACAUUUUCAGGAAUUUAAGGAAAAAAAUAUUGAGAAGAUAUCACCUGGCUCAGGCUUUACAAACACUUUCCUAUUAAGAAGUUGUAAUGAAAUAAAAUAAAAAGAAGCUGAAAGU